AACAUCGGCUUUUGUUCCAGCUCUAUAGCAUAAAGUCAAAACUUCGUAGAUUUAACCACUCAUAGCAAUCGCUCGAAGCCUCCUUUUGCAAUCACAACAAGAUAAAAACAACGACAACCAAACCAUAACAUGGAGAACGUCGAAGAGGCCCCGCCACUCUCUUCGGAGAGCAACAGCAAUAGCAACAACAGCAGCAGCUCUCACCAGCUCUCUCAAUCGGGAGCCAUGGGUGCCGAAAUAGCCCCCUCUUCGUUUCGGUCACACUCUCAUUCGCCCACACCUUCGCCCCCCGCCCCCGCGCCAUCUCACGACCAACCCCAUCCCGAUCACUCGAGUCCCCCAUUGAAUGCAUCUGAAACGGAGGCUCGCGAGAACUCACCACAUGAUCACUCACCCACUCCUACUUUCCACCAGACUGCACCGCCACCCACGACCUCAUCGACGGCACUGCAGCGGGAAGAGCGGGAGCAGCAGCAAGAGACGCCACCAUUGGAUCAGGAUCAGCAAGAGAGUCCGCCCUCGCAGGACCAAGAGCUGCACACAUUGCAGCAUCAGCAGGAUCAAGGAUAUCCGGCAGUGCAGCAGGAUCAACAAGCGGAGCUAAACCAGGAGCUGCAUCACAUAGAGGGUUUUAUCCGGCACCGAGAGUUGCAGAAUCAGGAAGAGCAUCCGCUACAAGCAUCGCUUGAAAACCGAGAGCCAUCAGGACAAGAAGAUACUAACCCGGAACGCCCGCAUGAACCACAAGUUCGAGAUCCCGAACUCGAACCAGAAUCCGAGCCACCGCCACCUCUGCUUCUCGAAGAUCUGGACGAGCAGGACUCCGGAUCGCAGGAUCUUAACGAGCAGGAGCCGCCACUGAUUAUAGACGCUAACGCCAUAGCCGAAACCAUAGACGCCAACGCCGUGGAGCGGAUCGACGACUACGAAGACGACGACGAGGAGGUGGAUGAAGAGGAGGAGGUGGUAGAGGACCGGGUCGACAGAGCCGGCGAAGGUGCUUCCGUUUCCGGUGCCCAGCGGCUGCACUCGGUGGCCGUUUUGCCGCGCUACUCCUCAGCCCCACGCGUCCCACGGAGCAGCAACAAUAACAACAACAAUAUUAUUAACCACAAUAACAAUAAUAACACUAACAGCGGCAGCCUUUCGCGACGUACUCGCCACUUCUACAGCAACAACGGCAGUCACUUCAGCAACGACAUGUUCCCCAGCCACGCCCCCCGCAGCAGCACCCAGACAUCAUCACCCCGGGUCGGAGGUCGUCGCCAUCACUCCACCCCCGCCGCCAGCUCCAAUUCGCCACAGCACCAGGGCGUGGAUCCCCUAAGGCUGCUCUAUCCCAAUGUCAACGAGAGCGAGACUCCGCUGCCCAGGUGCUGGAGUCCCCAUGACAAGUGCUUGUCCAUCGGAUUGUCGCAGAACAACCUGAGAGUCACCUACAAGGGUGUGGGCAAGCAGCACAGUGAUGCCGCCUCAGUGCGCACUGCCUAUCCGAUCCCGUCCUCCUGUGGACUGUACUACUUCGAGGUGCGGAUAAUCUCUAAGGGACGCAACGGCUACAUGGGCAUUGGCCUAACUGCUCAGCAGUUCCGUAUGAACCGCCUGCCAGUAGGUUGGGACAAACAGUCGUACGGGUACCACGGCGACGAUGGCAACUCGUUUAGCUCCUCGGGAAAUGGCCAAACCUACGGCCCUACUUUCACCACCGGCGAUGUGAUUGGGUGCUGCGUCAACUUUGUGAACAACACGUGCUUUUACACAAAGAACGGAGUGGAUCUGGGCAUCGCGUUUAGGGAUUUACCGACUAAGCUUUAUCCCACUGUGGGCCUACAGACACCAGGCGAGGAAGUGGAUGCCAACUUUGGUCAGGAACCAUUUAAGUUCGACAAGAUCGUCGACAUGAUGAAGGAGAUGCGCUCCAAUGUGCUGCGCAAAAUCGACAGAUAUCCACAUCUACUGGAGACCCCAGAAAACCUGAUGAACCGCCUGGUUUCCACCUAUCUGGUGCAUAAUGCGUUCAGCAAGACCGCCGAGGCCUUCAAUGGCUACACAAAUCAGACUUUCAACGAGGACUUGGCAUCGAUCAAGACACGUCAAAGGAUCAUUAAGCUUAUACUGACAGGCAAAAUGAGCCAGGCCAUUGAGCACACAAUUCGCUCUUUCCCCGGACUUCUAGAAAAUAAUAAAAACCUCUGGUUUGCAUUGAAGUGCCGCCAGUUUAUUGAAAUGAUCAAUGGAGCAGACAUUGAGAACGUGAACAACAAAGUCACCGCCACCACACAGACCAUGCCCACAAACCAGACGUCUGUGAUACAGUCCACCAAGUCGUUCAAGCACAGCAAGAGCGGCAAUGGAAAUGGCAACGCCAACAUCAAUCAGACUCAACAACAGAACAACACUGCGAUUCCAGCUGUGAUAAAGCCACAAGGCGGCGAUAGGCCAGAUAUAAAAAACAUGUUGGUUGACGACAACUCCAACAAGUGUGUGGAGCACGACAGCAACAGCAUGGACGUAGAAAUGGAGCCCUGCCAGAGUCACUCCAACGGCGGGGACUCGAGCUCCAAUGGCAAUGCCAGAGCUGUGCGCAACUCUCUAGAUGCCAUCGACGAGGAAAUGGAUGUAGAUGUUUCCCCCUCUUCGCGUAACUGUGGUCGUGUGAUCGAGAAGAUCCUUGAGUUCGGCAAGGAACUGUCCAGCAUGGGUCAGCAGCUGGAGAAGGAGAACCUUAUGACUGAAGAAGAGCGUCAAAUGUUGGAGGAUGCAUUUAGUCUGAUUGCGUACUCAAAUCCUUGGUCCAGUCCGCUGGGCUGGCUGUUGUGUCCUUCGAGACGUGAGAGUGUUUCCACCACGCUCAACUCGGCCAUAUUGGAAUCCCUGAACUUUGAGCGUCGUCCACCGCUGGAAUAUCUGGUGGCUCACGCAUCGGAGCUGAUCAAGGUGAUCGGACAGCACUCGCUGGGCGAGGACGCUUUCGUAACUAUCGACGAUGUGUUCCCGCAAAAUUGA